AUGGCUGAAUCAUAUAACAGUACUCCGAAAGUUCUCCCAUUUCCACCUAUAACGGCGUCACAUAUCUUGAGUUGCUCGUUCCACUCGUGGCAUCCUCGAUUCAGAUCUAUGACACCCAAAGCGAGACUUGUUCCGCUCACACAACCUUUCCUUGACUAUCUCCGUGCCGAUGGCAUUGUCUUACCUCCAGAAACUAGUCCCGACGAUAGUGGAUAUGAAGACGAAGAUGAGGACGAGGACAACGAGAACAAUGAUCCCUCUGAUCAGUGGCCUGGGGUUCACGAAUCUAUUCGCCAGGCUAUUGAAACCCUUGGUGGCAAAGUGGUUCCCAAGUUAAACUGGUCCGCACCAAAAGAUGCUACAUGGAUCUCGGCGACCAACGAUAUGGAGUGCCGCACACCCAAUGAUGUGUACCUGUUGCUCAAAUCCAGUGAUUUCAUUACCCAUGAUCUUGAACAAGCGUUCGAUGGCUGUGUGGAUCAGGCUGAAGUUCCAUAUAAUCUAGUUCUACGAAAAUCAUUCAACCUCAAUCCUGCGCUAGAAUUUCGAUGUUUUGUCCGCAACAAACAGCUGAUUGCCAUCAGUCAACGUGAGAUGAAUUAUUUCGAGUUUCUCUUCGAACUCAGGCAAUCCUUCAAAAUUAGGAUCAUUGAGUUUCUGGAAAAACUCGCAGGCUUUCCUGAAGACAACUUCGUCUUUGAUGUCUAUAUACCGCCUCCUCACGAGAGAGUGUGGCUCAUUGACAUCAAUCCAUGGGCUCCGAGGACAGACCCCUUGUUGUUUUCCUGGCUGGAGAUACUACGGACACCAGAACCAGAGGAAGACACAAUUUUUGAUCCAGAGUUCAGAUUGGUGCAGCGAGAUGAUCCCGAGGCAUAUCAAUUUGCAUCCACCAAGUACAGUGCACACAAAUUACCAAGAGAGGUUGUCGAUGCCAGUAUGGCCCCUGGCGGAAUGAAAAAUAUGAUGGAGGAAUGGAAAAAGGUUAUGAACGGGGAAAUUGGGGACUCUUCAGAAGAUGAGGAUACUUAA